UGUUUUUUUGCUAUUGCUUUGUGUGGCCAUAGAGAAAAUAUUAGCAGAGAAACUCUUCAUUUGAAUGCGUGAUGGCCAUUUACCAUUUGUUAACAACUGAACUGCUAAUUACAGAGCUUAAAGAGCUUAACCCCCUGUGGGCACUGGGCCGUGGGGUUGGGUUUAAUCGCGGGAGGCCAAGAGCCUUUGUGAUAAUGAAUGCAUAUUAGUUGGGGGAGGAAAGAUUGAGUUUAUCUCACUAAGUGAGGUUAAAUGCAGUGGAUUUUAUUGUAACAGAAUGCUAUUCAUGUCUCUACUCUAGUAGUCCUCCACAGCAUAACAUUAGUAUUUGAUUUUUAUUUUCUGUAAUUAAAAAUACAGUAAUGAAGAACUGUGUUGAAGCUUGUUUCUUCAACUGAAAAAAAAGUUUCUCACAGUUAAGUUGACAUGUUAUUAUUCAACCUAAUUUCUACGUUUUUAAUGAUUAAGUAUCUGCGUGAGUUUUUAAAAGUUAUUUCCCCAGACGUUUUCGCCAGUAAGUAAAAAGUAUGUGAUACCAAACUUUUAAAUUUUAAGAUAAUACAGUAGCCCCAAACCCUGAAACAAGCUACCAAUGCGAAGUGGCGGACUUUACGAGUUGUCCCUGAAGGCGACACCAUGAAACAGCUGCCUGCCUGUUUGCGCAUGCUCACCAAAAGACAUGAAUAACCCCUGGGUAGAUGGGUAGAAAGGUGAGGAGGAAUACAACAAAGUUUAAACAUAGUCGUGUGGACACUAACUGUGUUGACGAGCGGUCAUUUGAACUUUUACCGGUUCUAGCAACGCGACAUGGACUAGUUAACCUCGUUAAAUAAGCACAGUGUGCUGCUAAUAUUUUGUUUACAUACUGUUUACGACGAGGUUAUUUCAACUUUUUUUGCUUGUCGAAACUUUUUUAUGUUUUUUUAUCGACAUUUGCUAUGACCACAAAGCUUGCUUCGUGCCAUGACGGUGUUUUUCAUCAGUGGUAUGGGAUUUGCUAGCAGGAGAAAACUGCCGUGGGACCGCGCGUUUGUUUCAUUUGGAAAAUCAACCACUUAAAACACUAUCGGAUAUUUUAACACAUUUUUGUAAUAUCCAUGGAGUCUAUUGGGAAGUUUGAGUUCAGCAGGAAAGACCUGAUUGGUCAUGGCGCAUUUGCAGUUGUGUUCAAAGGCAGACAUAAAGAGAAACGUGAUUGGGAAGUUGCCGUGAAGUGCAUAAACAAGAAAAACCUUGGCAAGUCUCAGUGUUUGCUUGCCAAAGAAAUCAAAAUAUUAAAGGAGCUGAAACAUGAGAACAUUGUUAGACUACUUGACUAUCAGGAGACUGGGGGAUGCGUGUAUCUUGUUAUGGAGUAUUGCAAUGGAGGUGACCUGGCAGAGUACCUUCAUUCUAAAGGCACUCUGAGUGAAGACACCAUCCAUGUAUUCCUGCAGCAGAUAUCACGGGCCAUGAAGGUCCUACAUAGCAAAGGCAUCGUCCACAGAGACCUCAAACCCCAGAACAUUUUGCUCUGCCAUCCAGAGGGGCGCAGGUCCAGUUCCAUCAAUACCACCUUUAAGUUAGCUGACUUUGGGUUUGCGCGUCAUCUCCAGACAAACACCAUGGCAGCCACGCUGUGUGGCUCUCCCAUGUAUAUGGCUCCCGAGGUCAUCAUGUCCAGGAACUAUAAUGCCAAAGCUGAUCUGUGGAGCAUCGGUACCAUCGUGUACCAGUCUCUGACUGGAAAAGCACCAUUUUAUGCCAGCACACCACAUGAGCUUCGUCUCUUCUAUGAAAGUAACAGGAACCUGUUCCCCAACAUCCCAAAGGAGACCUCUGAUAACCUAAAACACCUGCUGUUGGGGCUUCUACAGAGGAAUCAUAAAGAUCGGAUUAGCUUUGAGGAAUUUUUUAACCAUCCCUUUUUGGAAACAAGCUCAUCAACAAAGAAAUGCUCAUCAGUCCCCGUGCACUCCUACCCCAGUUCUGGCUCCGGCAGCUCCUCUAGCAGCUCCUCCACAUCUCAGCUGGCCUCGCCUCAACAUUCCGAUGGAGAGAUGCACCAACCUCAGCCCAAGCUGCCUUACACCCCUGUGCAGGACAAGCCUGGCUUCCUGCAGAAAGAAACAGCUAAUCAAGAUGGUAGAUAUAUCCAAUCUCUCACAGAAGAUUAUGUCUUGGUGCCUGCCCAGUUUCCCAGUGAACAUAUAUGUGAAGUAAAUGUUGGGUCACCCCCAGAAAGUUCCCUUAAAGACCGUGGGAGCUCCCCACUGGCCGAAAGGGGUGCUAGACUCACUGGAAAGACACCCCCACGCUCUCCUAUGCUGCGCUCUCCCCCCAAGCCUGUUAGCAAACCAGCUGAAACACUUGGCAGUAACUUCAGCCCGUCUGUUCCCAUUCCCGUCCCAACUCAGAUCCAAAACUACCAGCGUAUGCAGUGUGUCGGCUCUCAUGGCUCCACCAGGGUCACAUUAUACUGUCCCAGCAGUCCCAGCAGCAGUGAAAGCCCACCACAGUAUGAAGAAUGUGGAUCUCCCAGUCCAGUCUUUACCUUCAACUCUGGAGGGAGCCAACCUAAACAGUCUUCCCCGCCAGUGGGAACAAGCCCAAAGACAUCAGAGCAGACUCUCCCACUCAGCACAAGAACUGGGCUCCUCGCUGCUUCUCCUGACAUGCAGGACAGGCCCAAGCAGCAGGUUCAGCCAAGAAUGCCAAACAGAACCAGGACAGUCCCAAACCUGCAAUCCCUUGGCCCCACUUCCCAGGCCAACCUCAGCCGUAAAGCAGCAAUUAAAAAGGGCCCUUUUAAAAGAUCAGUGAGCACAGGAAGGUUAUCUGACAUGCUACUGAAGGCGGCCCUCGGAGCUCCGCUCUUUGAAGAAGGGAAAGACGAGAGCCUCAGCAGUGAGAAAAGCAUGGAGAUAACAGCACCCCCUGCUGGCUGUCAUGGAGUUUUCCAGUGCUCAGACAGCCCAGUUCCUGUGAUUUUCUCUAUGGGCUCUCCAUCCAGUGGAAGCUCACCUCCUGAUACCAUGUUAAUGAGGAGGUUCUCAGACACUCCCAGCUACUUAAACUCAGAGCUCCCUGAAGACACAUUAAUGGAGGAGGCUCACACCGAUGCUCUGACUGACUUGCGCUUCACUUUGGCUUUCGUCCAGUGUGUCAUGGAACUGGCUUCCUCUAAGGACCCAGGGCUCGAGCCCAUCAGCAGUCCCAACGUUUCCUUCCUGGAUCAGAGCUUGGUGGCUGAUCAGAUCAGCCUUCUAAGUAGAGAAUGGAGCUAUGCAGAGCAAUUGGUGCUGUACAUGAAGGCUGAAGAGUUUCUGUCAUCAGCUCUGCGCAGCGCUAAAGAAAAUGUCAAGAAAGGCGAGCUGUUUCCAUCUGCUACAGUCAAACAAGUAAUCAGAAAGCUGAAUGAAUUGUACAAGAACUGUGUGACCUACUGUCGCUCCCUCAGCGAUCAGCUGCAGACCUUCUUGCUUAACAAGCAGAAACUUAUGGACAACUUCAAUGCACUCACAGCAGAGAAGCUCAUCUACAACCACACUGUGCACAUGGUAAAGUCUGCGGCUUUAGAUGAGAUGUUCCACCAUGGCACCACAUCAGUGCAGCGCUACCAUAAAGCCCUUGUGCUCAUGGAAGGUCUGUCCCGAACCCUCACAGAGCAAGAGGACAUUGACGGCAUAGAAAAAUGUAGGCAAUGCAUUGAGCGGCGGCUCUCAACUCUGCACACAAAGCAGUAUUUAUGAGCUCCACGACUGCAUCAAUAACAACUGCAUUAUCUUGCCUCAUCCAUCUGCCAUCACUGUCUGCACUUUGAUCUCUCCUAAGGGAAACGACCACUGGAGCAUCUGCUCCUCUCAUUUCUUCACCCAAUCUGUAAUUGAAAGGUAAAUGCACAGUAAAGGUUCGAAAAGGCUGGAAGUUCUUGAAAAACAGGUUGGGUUAUGAAUGUUUAAAAGCUAUGAUCAGGUACAUCGUUUUCAGUAUUUGUUUUGUUACAAACCGUACGUGUUAGUGUGUUUUGGUGUUUUGCACAUAGAAUGAUGAGCUAAAUUAAGAAAUGAUUGCAAGUGUUUUAUACUUGAAGCAAAGAUUACUUUGUGGUUUUCUGUGUUCGAAACAUUUGAGUUAUGUGUCUGGUGAAUAAUCACCAGCCUGCGGGACUCUGAAGAGUUUGAAUGAGAUGACCAAAUAUUGCCAAUGUGUAGCAAUACUUGUAAACCUGUGCCUGUUUUUUUCUGUCUUUGCAUUAUAACAGAAGAGUGAAUAUGAAUAUAUUGAAAGUAUGUUCUAACCUGAUACACCGUAACUGCCUUACGACUGCCAGUCUUAUGGCCAUAUAGUGUGGAGUGCAAUAAGUAUUCUUUGACAUUUGAAUGAGAUUUGUUUUACACAUGAUCCAAAAAUCCCUCCCUUGGGUGGGUGAUAUACUCAGCUAUGAGGUACUUCAAGUGACUUUUUUUCCGUGUGUAUCUAUGCAUAUUUGGGUUUUUUUCUUGUGUGUGUUAUACAUUUGGAGAUUUGCUGAUUUUGAAUUUGGAGAUGUAUGUUUGCAUUCAAUCCAUCUGCAAACUGUGCAUGGCACUAGGUGAUUUUAACUAAUUGUUUGAAGUCUGUUUACCAAAUGCCUUUUGUAUUGUUUUAAGACUGCCUGUCAAAUGUUGCCAAGAUAAGUUGUUAUAUGGUGUUUGAUCAAAAUAAAUAUUUAUUAUAAAGUCGCUGACAGUUUGCAGUAGAAAUCAAUUUCAUUGUUCUUACUCACAUGUGGACUUUUAUCAAAGCUUCUGUUUAAUUCAAAUCCAUAAGUAAUUAUAGUUUCUUUAUAAUCAGGAUUUAGCUUAAAGUAUACAAUUUUACUACAUAAUAUUCUUGUUAACUAAUAAGCUGUGAAUGUAUGAAUCGUCCAGGCUUUAUUUAUUUAUUUACCCGCCAAGAUUUAUUCAGUGUUAUAAUGUGCAAACAUGCACAGAGGACACACUAGAGUAAAGAGAAAAAACCCCCCAAACUAUUCAACAAACGUAAUUACAUUUUAUAAUACCAGGAUAUCAUUUACGUUGCAUAUUAUAUGCAUUCAACAAACCUAGGUCUUAUUGUCUUGACUUGUAAAAUAUUACAUCAAACAACAUUGCUUCUAUGUAUGGAAAAGGAGAUGAGACAUGCUUUUAUUUUCCAGUCCACAGUAGUCACAUUUAUACUACGAAUACAUUUUGAAUGUUCUCAGUUCUUGUUUCACUGGGUAGAUCCUAUGCAGUGGUUUCCUUAAACUUGUUUUUGAUAAAGUAUUUAUCACAAGUUUUUAGUGCUUUCUCUCACUGUGUAUCACUAAAUAAAUCUUUGGAGACAGAUAGUAACAAAAUUAAAUUGCUAAUAUUCUUAUUAGAGCAUUGUUCUUCUUCUUAUAUUAUUAUUUAAAUAUUCAGGGCUACCGAUAUAAAGCGGUUAUAAAAAUCUUCAGAAUUAAAGCUUAGAUGAGGAACAUCAGUUUUGUAACAUUAUAGGGAAUUUUUUCCUGGUAUAGCAUCAAAACUGCAGUAUAUUAUUUUGGGUUAAUAUAUAUUUUGAAUUUAUAACGAAAUUAUCUGUAU